GUGAACAGAUACUAAUUGUUUACAUAUGCGACAUAAAUUAGUGUUUUAGGUUAUUUUCUAAGUGAAAAAAUUUGUUUCUUUUAAUUUUGCAUCCAAUUAAUCAAUGAAAAAUGACAGAAAAUGAUCCAAAACCACGUGAAUUUAAGCUCGAUGCUGAUUCUGAACUUCGUUUUGAAAUUGAAUCAAAAAAUGAAAAGGUUCUAAUGGAGUUAAAAAAUGGAUUAGGUGAAAUUUUCGGUACAGAAUUAGUGAAGGGUAAAAAAUAUGAAUUUUUACCGGGUGCAAAAGUUGCAAUAUUCACAUGGCAUGGUUGUACAAUUGAAUUAAUUGGUAAAACUGAUGUAACAUAUAUUGCAAAAGAAACGCCAAUGAUAAUUUAUUUAAAUUGUCAUGCAGCAUUAGAACCAAUGCGCGAUAUUGCCGAAAAAGGUGAAACACAAGGACCAAUAACAAUGAUUGUUGGCCCAUGUAAUGUGGGAAAAUCAACAUUAACAAAAAUAUUAUUAAAUUAUGCCGCACGAAUGCAUAGACGACCAAUAUUUGUUGAUUUAGAUGUUGGACAAGGUCAAAUUAGUAUACCAGGAACAAUUGGUGCCUUAUUAGUUGAAAGACCAUCGAGUGUUACUGAUGGAUUUAGUCAACAAGCGCCGCUUGUUUUUCAUUUUGGUCAUAAUUCACCGCAAUAUAAUAUUGAACUUUAUAAUUUAAUUGUUACUAAAUUGGCAAAAGUAUGUCGUGAUCGUCUUCAAGCAAAUAAAAAAGCAAGAGCAUCGGGUGUUGUUAUUAAUACUUGCGGUUGGGUUAGAGGCGAUGGUUAUAAAUUAUUAACACACGCUGCACAAGCAUUUGAAGUUGAUGUUAUAUUAGUUUUGGAUCAAGAGAGAUUGUAUAAUGAAUUAAAGGACGAUAUGCCCGAUUUUGUUAAGGUUGUACAUUUACCAAAAAGUGGUGGUGUUGUUGAAAGAGGACAAUCGCAACGUGCCGAAACAAGAGAUUCGGCAGUAAGAGAAUAUUUUUAUGGUUUAAGAACGCCACUUUAUCCACAUAGUCUUGAAAUUAAAUUUUCUGAAGCGAGACUCUAUAAAAUUGGUGCUCCAAUUUUACCAACAUCUUGUAUGCCAUUAGGAAUGACGGCUGAUGAAAAUAUGACAAAAUUAGUUGCCGUUACACCUGGACCAAAUUUAUUACAUCAUUUAUUAUCAAUUUCAUUUGCUAAUUCAAAUGAAGACGAUAUUAUACAAACAAAUGUUGCUGGUUUUGUUUGCGUGACAAAUGUGGAUGUUGAGAGACAAACGUUGACUGUAUUAAGUCCACAACCAAAGCUACCUCAGACAGUAUUGUUGGUUUCUGACAUACAAUUUAUGGAUAGUCAUUAGAAAAUAUACCAUUAUUUUUUUUUUUAAAUGGUAUGAAUUAAUUAGUUUAUUUUUUAAAUGUUUUUUUUUUCAACAAUCACUAUUUUUUUGUUAAGUGUAAAUAUAUUUUAAUAAACUUAAUAUUUCUACGUUGAAAAAA